CACAUCUGGCACUUGCAGCAAACUUCAGUGAAUUACUAGAGAGUUUGUUUACAAAAAUCACAAAAAUAUUUAUUCUUGUUUUUUAAAGAUGUCGAGUGAUGUGCGUGAUAUUCUGGAGUUGGAGCGCCCCCCGACUCCAGAGGUGACCAAGGAGGCUCUUCUCAGCUCCAAGAAGAAACACAAUCCGGAAAGGGCAAAAGCAAUGAAACGUCCAGAAGGAAUGCACAGAGAGGUCUUUGCAUUGCUGUACAAUGACAAUAAGGACGCCCCACCGCUCCUUUCUACGGAUACGGGUGGCAUUGGGACGGGGUAUAAGCAGGUGAAGGCACGUCUGGGUAUGAAGAAGGUGCGCAAGUGGCAUUGGGCACCGUUCUCAAAUCCCGCCCGAACAGAUGGGGCUGUUUUUCAUCACUGGAAGCGCCUCUCGGAUGAGGCUAAAGCUUACCCCUUUGCCCAGUUCAAUAAACAACUCAGUAUCCCCACGUACACAGCAGCGGAGUACAAUACGAACCUCCGGACGAAUCAGGCAAAGUGGUCGAAGCCACAGACGGAUCACUUGAUGGAUUUGGCAAAGAGAUUUGAUUUGCGCUUUGUCGUGAUGGCAGAUCGAUGGGACAAGGAGACGCAUGGGCUGAAAUCGGUGGAGGAGCUGAAGGAGCGAUACUACGAAGUUACGGGGAUUCUCAGUAAGAUCCGUGGAACGCCCGAUAAGAAGGUCUAUGUGUUCGAUGCGGAGCACGAGAAGAAGCGCAAGGAGCAGCUGAAGAAGCUCUUUGAGCGUACAGCCAAGCAAAUUGAGGAGGAACAGAUGCUCCUGAAUGAGCUGAAGAAGAUUGAGGCACGCAAGAAGGAGCGCGAGAGGAAGACGCAGGACUUGCAGAAGCUUAUCUCGCAGGCAGAUCAGCAGGGAGAGGUGCCACAGAGUACCCCGUCCAAUAGGAAGCAGGAUAAGAAGUUGAACAAGAAGAAGCAACAGAGUCAGCUGAGACCGUCAAAGGUGGAUUCCGUUGUGAGUGCCGUGGAGUCGGCGGGGAUAAAGUUUACAGAUCUCCGGGGAACUGGAGUGUCACUGCGAUCGCAGAAGAUGAAAUUGCCGGCGAAUGUGGGUCAGAAGAAGGCAAAGGCACUCGAACAGGCGAUUCAGGAGUUCAAGGUGGAUCCCACACCACCGCCCACGGAGGAGAUUUGCCUGGCAUUCAAUGAACUCCGCUCAGAUAUGGUGCUCCUGUGUGAGCUCCGUACUGCCCUGGCGACGUGCAACUUUGAAUUGGAGAGUCUCAAGCAUCAGUACGAAGCUGUUUGUCCGGGAAAGACCCUCAACAUUCCAGCAUCGUUGGUAACACCGCCAGAGGACACAAAACCAGCUGAAAAUGUAAUUGAUGUCGUUGGUUCGCCCCAUCCCUGAAAACUUCCAUGGAAAGCUCAACUUAUGCGGCUUUCAACUGAUCAAGGUAAAUACAAAAAAAAGAAAUGAAUAAAUGUGUGAAAAUUA